GUCUGAGGCGGCUGUCGAAGGUGUGACUUGGCAAACCGUGCGAGGAUUAGCAGAGACGGACAGUCAUGGCUGCUCAAACGGUCUACGUGAAGAAGAGAUCGACGCUGUGGCAAUGGCGGUGACUGUUGUCGUCGUGAACACGAUGGACGAUAAGGAGUCGUCGUCACGCGACAUGCUGAUGCGGCUCCGUCAAAGAAGAGCGCUGUUGCAGAGCGUUGCAGAGGCGCUGGAUUGCACGACGAUGUGUGAGGCAGUCGUCCAGUUGUGUGUCGCGCUGACGUCUUGCGUUUUCUCGCGGCAGACUCCUCGAUGGUGCAUUAAAGGACGGACUAGCGGGACAUGGGAGGACCUCCGGCUUCGGGACGACGCGACGGACGAGUACUUCCGACAGAAGUUGCGCAUGUCGAUGGCCAUGUUCAACCACAUCGUAGCCGCGUGCGCCGCAUACAUGGAGAAGAAGGUGACGCACUAUCGAAUGCCAUUGCCAGUGGAGCAGCUGAUUGCUUUCGCGUUAUACAGGUGGGCGUCCGGAGAGACGUACGAGAGCGGCACGUCAGCAUUUGGCAUCGGCAGGGCAACUAGACUGCAGGCCGUCCGUGACGCGCAAGUGGUUGUGGAUUUGGAUUUGCGGAUCCUCGACGUCUACGUGGGAUACCCUGGAAGUGUGCACGACGUCCGUGUCCUGCACAAUUCCCAGUUGUUUAUGCGUGCAGAAAGUGGCGAGCUGUUCGACGCAACUCCGAAGAAUUUGUCGCACGGUGUCAUCACACGAGGCUACCUGCUGGGCGACAACGGUUAUCCAGUUGCCUGUCCGUGGAUUGUGUCGUCGUAUGGAGGAAUCGACCAAGGUGCUGACGAGGAGCGCUUCGACACGCGGCAAAAGGUGGCACGGGGGUGUGUGGAGAGGGCAUUCGGCCGACUUAAGUGCAUGUGGCGUUUGUUCUUGCGCACCCAUAAGACGAACCUAGAGACCUUGCCACAACAAUUCGUGGUUGUCUGCACUCUCCACAAUAUCCUCCUGGACGCAGGGAUCGACUUCGAUGAGAACCUUCUGUGGGAGGUGGAUGCGAACGGCGUUCGGCGUAGAGUGGACUUGGGCAUUAUGGGGAACGGCGCACGCGGGCGCGGGACGAUGCACAAACGUGGAAGGUGAAUUGUUGAGGGAUGCACUGCGAGACCGCCUAGCUUUGAUGUA